UUCCCCCUUGUUGCGCUCUCUGCCUCUAGAAUUCCCACCCUCUCCUGCAGUGCAAGCAGCAGUCGCCCCUGAAACAAGAUGGUGAAGGUUGGAGUGAACGGAUUUGGCCGCAUCGGGCGCCUGGUCACCAGGGCUGCCUUCAAUUCUGGCAAAGUGGAAAUUGUGGCCAUCAAUGACCCCUUCAUUGACCUCAACUACAUGGUCUACAUGUUCCAGUACGAUUCCACCCACGGCAAAUUCAAUGGCACUGUCAAGGCAGAGAAUGGGAAGCUGGUAAUCAACGGGAAACCCAUCACCAUCUUCCAGGAGCGUGAUCCCACCAACAUCAAAUGGGGAGAGGCCGGAGCCGAGUACGUGGUGGAGUCCACCGGUGUGUUCACCACCCUGGAGAAGGCCGGCGCUCACCUGAAGGGAGGAGCCAAGCGCGUCAUCAUCUCUGCCCCUUCUGCUGAUGCUCCCAUGUUCGUCAUGGGUGUGAACCACGAGAAAUACGACAACUCCCUCAAGAUCGUCAGCAAUGCUUCCUGCACCACCAACUGCCUGGCUCCCCUGGCCAAGGUCAUCAAUGACAACUUUGGCAUCGUGGAGGGCCUCAUGACCACAGUCCAUGCCAUCACAGCCACCCAGAAGACGGUAGACGGCCCCUCUGGCAAGCUGUGGCGGGAUGGGCGUGGGGCUGCCCAGAACAUCAUCCCAGCCUCCACUGGGGCUGCCAAGGCCGUGGGCAAGGUCAUCCCUGAGCUGAACGGGAAGCUCACAGGCAUGGCCUUCCGCGUCCCCACCCCUAACGUGUCUGUGGUCGACCUGACCUGCCGUCUGGAGAAACCGGCCAAGUAUGAUGAAAUCAAGAAAGUGGUGAAGCAGGCCUCUGAGGGCCCCCUCAAGGGGAUCCUGGGCUACACGGAGGACCAGGUGGUCUCCUGUGACUUUAACAGUGACACCCACUCCUCUACCUUUGACGCUGGUGCUGGUAUCGCCCUCAACGACCACUUUGUCAAGCUCAUCUCCUGGUACGACAACGAGUUUGGUUACAGCAGCCGUGUGGUGGAUCUGAUGGUCCACAUGGCUGCCAAGGAGUGAGCGGGCCCCGGCCCCCCAAGUGUCCUCCCCACCUCGCUACGGUUGAAUGGGAGCGGAGCUCUACUGCUGGGGAGCCACCUGCCCCAACUUCACGCCCCUCCUCCUCACCCACUGAAGUCUCUCUCCUCCCCCUCCCCUCAGCCCCCAACCCCCUAGGAGGGGAAGGGGCCUAGAGCUGUGCCCCAUACCAUCAAUAAAGUCAGCACUGUAUCCAGCGA